GCGGCGCAUCUUAGUCCUGACCAACACCACCUCCACCACCCACUUACUCUGUUGAGAUGGACCCAAAACCUCAGCUGCCUGCUGAAACGAUCGAGUUCGCCCACCGGAUGUUCGACGCAGCGAGGUCCGGAAAUUCCGAAGUUCUAGUUGCCGCCCUCGACGCCGGGCUUCCUACAAACAUCCUCAACGAAAAAGGCAACAGUCUGCUGAUGCUCGCGUCCUACGCCGGCCACACCGAUCUCACGAAACAGCUGCUUGAUCGCGGCGCAGAUCCAAACGUGCUCAACGAUCUGGGGCAAUCGAUGAUCGCCGGGGCAGUGUUCAAAGCACACGACGAUGUAGUCCGACUGUUGGCCGAUCGCGGUGCCGAUCCGCGCCUGGGAAAGCCGACCGCGAUCCAGACGGCGCAUAUGUUCGGACGAACGCAUCUGAUGGGCGUCCUCGGGGCGAAGGACGGAGAUAUCGGGCCUGAGGUGCCUGCGCCGGUGUCCCAAGCGGGAAGCGGCGGUUCUACAGCGUAGGAUGCGAUCACGUUCGACUGAAAAAAUCAAAUUGUACUCUGGGUCAUCAUCUCUGUUGUCUUCACCCCAAAGUUGGGAUCAGACGCCGCCGACAAAAAUCACACAGGAAAGUUUGCAGUCUGACGGAUUCUGGACAUGUGACAGUCGCUGCCCGUCUCCGACUGGAAGGCGCCGACUAUGUGCUUACCCAACAGAAGUGCGGGCCAAAUGGCAGCUGUCAGGAGCUGCUUCGUCUCGAGUGCACUUGAGCACGACUAAAUCACGCCAACGGCUCCAUUAUUAUCGAGUCAAGAACUCAAGUGUAGGUAGGCUAAAUUUCUUGUAGCAUGACGUCACAAUGCAACGAAGAGGCAGACAUAUACAUAUUUA